AUGUCUAAUUUCGUAAGACUUAGUUUAUAUGACGAUAUUGAAAAUUAUCUACCUAUACCAUAUCACCUUGAUGAACGAACUAAUUUCAGUGAAAGAUAUCCAAAGCAACGUGAUGGAAUCGUUACAAAAGCAUAUUCUGAGAGCUUAAAACAAAUAAUCAGUACUCCGAGGGAAAUGAGAAGAUAUGUUCGACCGCCGUCAAUUAACAGAAAUGAAUCACAUUCACAGUCAACUAUUCACAGAACGAGACCGGUGACACAAACAAUGCACGAGGAAGGGGAUGAAACAUAUCUUAUGAUGCAUAAAUCAUGUAGACACUUGGAAAUUGUGAAAUCAUCCAAGGAAUCAAUACAAAAUCCUAUUUCACUCCAAGUUAAAUCAGUGAGUACGGAUACAUUAGAUAUGAAUAUGGAAGAUUAUUUAAAAAUGAACAAUUUAAAGAAGGAGAAUAUUAUUUUAGAACAGCAGAAAGACAUUGCUCAAGUACAAACACUGGUAUUUUACCUAAGUGAGCAGCUGAUGCUCAAUAAAUUUAAUGAAAACAUUACUUCAACGAAAGGUGAAUCCUUACUAGACAACCCAUUUCAUCAUCGCUAUAAUCAUAACAAUCACCCUCAACGAAAAAGACAAGGACAAUAUCCAGUUCAACAACGAACUAUGUCAGAAGAUACUGAAAAUCAGGAAGAUACUCAGUCAAGGAAUAAUAAUAAUCUUAAAUUAUUCAGUGAUAAAUACACAGAAACUAAUGAACCACUCUCAAUCAAUACAAUAUCAUCAGUGCUUAAUUCACAAGAUAAUUCUGGACCAAGAAAUCUUGAAGCAACUUUAGUUACGUUGGAUAAUACAUGGUUAAUAUCAUGGGAUAAACCAGAGUCAAUUAAUUCUAAGGAGACAACACUUUCUACAAUUACUGGAUAUGUUUUGUCAAUCAAUGGAAUUGAAAUGAAGCGUAUAUCAAGUGCGAAUGUUACCAAGUCAAUAAUUAAUCUGUCAGAAUCGGUCAAAUAUCCAGUGAUAUUGAAAAUUCAAUCGACAGAUGAGAAUAACUGUUUAUCUGUACCAGCAUUGAUAACAUUGAAUGUUUAG